AUGAAUCAAACUAACAAUAAUGUUACAUUAAAUGAUAAUACUACUAUACUAUUACUAAAAAAUGAUAGUAGUAUUAAUGAUAAAGAUAAUUUAAAAAAAUUUGCCCAAUUUUAUGGUAAAAUAUCAAGUAUAGUUAUAUCUAUAAUAACAAUAUUAAUUGUCUUUGUAUGUUAUUAUAUUAGUCAAAAAAAAAAAGAGGCAACAUAUUAUGGGGUUGAGGAUAAAUUAGAUAAAAAUUUUUUUGCCAAAAAUCCUAAAUUUAUUAAACAAAAAGAGGAAAUGGAAAUUUGUCAUGUUCAAAAUGAUUCAAAUAUGAGUUUAAAAAAGAGUGGUAAUAAUAAUUUUGAGGGUUCAAUUAAAAUUGUCCAAAUAAAACAUCCUACCUCUGUUGUGAUACACUCAAAGACAAUUAUUGAUGAGGGUUGCCUACCUCUAAAAAAAGGUCGAAGGAUUGUUUUAUUGUCUAAUGAGGAUGUACAAACAAAAAUUGAGGCAAUAAUUGAACUUGAUAAUAUAAAAAAUGGUCGUGAGGUUCUUGAAAGUGUUCAAAGAAGAAUAUCUGAUAAAAUUCAAAAAAUGUCAAAUAAUAGUAAAAAAAAUUGUUAUAUUUCAAAGAUUUGUGGUAUAAUUGCAAUGGAUACAAGGCAUUCCCUGGAACAAUUAUCUGAAGAUCUUUGGGUUGUUUAUGGUAGUAAAGAUGACAACACUUUUGUCACAUCUGGUCUUCAUAAUAUUUUUGAAAAUGCCAAUUCAAUGAGUUUAUGUUUAAGGGUACAAAUUAUUUUACCUGUUAAAUGUAAACUUUUAGCUUUUAAAAUUGAUAGAAAUGUUUCCUAA